UCUUCCCCGUCUCGCCCGAGCACCUGAGCGCGGCGGGCGCCGGUGGCCAUGGCGGAGCCUCUGCCGGCCUUCCUCGACCGGUUGUGGGGGACCCGGGCCCCGCCUCUGCUGGGGUUCGCCGCCGCCGCCGCCCCUUCCAAGAGUUUUCUUGGAGGCUUUUUUGGUCCCAUUUGUGAGAUUGAUGUUGUCCUUAAUGAUGGAGAAACCAGGAAAAUGGCAGAAAUGAAAACUGAAGAUGGCAAAGUGGAAAAACACUAUCUUUUCUAUGACGGUGAAUCUGUUUCAGGAAAGGUAAACCUAGUCUUUAAGCAACCUGGAAAGAGGCUAGAGCACCAAGGAAUUAGAAUUGAAUUUGUAGGUCAAAUUGAACUUUUCAAUGACAAGAGUAAUACUCAUGAGUUUGUAAACCUAGUGAAAGAACUAGCCUUACCUGGAGAACUGACUCAGAGCAGAAGUUAUGAUUUUGAAUUUAUGCAAGUUGAAAAGCCAUAUGAAUCUUACAUCGGUGCCAAUGUUCGUUUGAGGUAUUUUCUUAAAGUGACAAUAGUAAGAAGGCUGACAGACCUGGUGAAAGAAUGCGAUCUAAUUGUCCACCAGCUUGCUGCCUAUCCUGAUGUUAACAAUCCUAUUAAGAUGGAAGUGGGCAUUGAAGAUUGUCUACACAUAGAAUUUGAAUAUAAUAAAUCAAAGUAUCAUUUAAAGGAUGUGAUUGUUGGAAAAAUUUAUUUCUUACUAGUAAGAAUAAAAAUCCAGCAUAUGGAGUUACAACUGAUCAAAAAAGAGAUCACAGGAAUAGGACCCAGUACCACAACAGAAACAGAAACAAUUGCCAAAUACGAAAUAAUGGACGGUGCACCAGUAAAAGGUGAAUCAAUUCCAAUAAGACUAUUUUUAGCAGGAUAUGACCCAACACCAACAAUGAGAGAUGUGAACAAAAAAUUUUCCGUAAGGUACUUUUUGAAUCUAGUCCUUGUUGAUGAAGAAGACCGAAGGUACUUCAAGCAACAGGAGAUCAUUUUGUGGAGAAAAGCUCCUGAAAAACUGAGGAAACAGAGAACUAAUUUUCACCAGCGAUUUGAAUCGCCAGAGUCGCAGGCAUCUGCUGAACAGCCUGAAAUGUAAAUAGAAGAAAAUUAAAAAAAAAAAAAAAAAAAAAAGCCUCCUGUCUCCAUUAAGUUCAGCAGAGGAAAGAUGGCUGCAGCAUGUACGGGGGAAAGCCAGCCUCCGCUUCUAAUAGUCUUCCUUUAUCUGACAGUGCUGCGUUUAUUUUAUGAAUUAACUAAAUAUUCUUCGUGUAUAUACAUUAAAAAGUGCGUUCUUUGAAACACUGGAACUUUUCUUAAGCUGCCAUUUUUUUAUCGCCCUGAUAUGCAGACGUGCAUCAGCAUAAACAUUGUAAGAGUUUCGCUUGAGGAGGCUUGCAUUUGAACUUUUGCUUUCUUUCUGCAUAAUGUUGAUAAAGUUCUCUUCAUUCUAAUGAUUACCUCUUACCUAACAUGAAAAAAAAAUUUUGUGUUCCAACAGAAGACCCAAGUGACUCUUAACAUCCUUCAAAGACUUAAAAUAUGGUAUCUCAGUAUUAGUGGGAAAUAUAUUUGUUUUUACAGAUGUGUUUGAGAAGCAUAAGUGGAGUGUUUCACUGUAGGUUGGUUCACAGCUUUCUUUUUUUUUUUUUUAUCCUCUUUGAAGUCUUCUGUGAUACGAAUAUUGAUUUGUUUUUUCUUGCCCAGAUUAUGUGACAUGUCAUUGCCGCCUUCCCUGCCCCCAUUCUUAAGCACCUAUUUUAUCACUACUAUCCAGAGGGUACUGUUACAUGCAUUCCACAAUGUAAAGUUGUCUUUAUGUUGGGAUUUCUGGAAUUUGUUAAAGCUACAUUCUUUUUCCAUAAAUACUUUGAAUUUUCUUUAAUUUACUUUAGGUAAGCAAAUAUAACUUUCUUGACUUUACAUAUCUUCACUUCUCUUUUCAAGGAAAAAUAUAGGUAUGAGGAAGUCAGGAGGUCCUUUGAGACCUGUAGUUAUCCAGGCCUGGACAAUUUUAUGUUUGUUAAGCUGGAAGUUUGGCUAAUGUAAACUUUACUCACAUGUUUAAGAUUUUUUUAACACUAAAUUCAAGUUUAUUUGUUCAGCAUUUCCAAACAAGGAGGUUGUGAUCAUUUGAUAGAUGCAUGGCAUCUGGUUUCACAGCACACUAAGUGUGGGCUGUAGGAGAAGCCUGCUGCGUGAAGCUACUUCCUACUUACUGUUCACUGGCUUUUGUACCAAUAUUUUUUAUACAAUUUAGUGCAAGUCUUGUCAUUUAACUUUACGAGGUAAUCCAACAUAUUUCUUUAAAUCUUACUACUAUGGCACUUUGAUAAAAUGGUCAGUAACCAACUUUCUUGGCAAAAGGUUUAAUACACUAUGUGCCGGGACAGCUAUUUCAAAUAUGAAUAUCUGUGAAUGUUUUUCUUCAUGUAAGUGCCUGUUGAGAGUUUAAAAAUUUAAAAAUGCCAAAUAUUUUCAUGGUCACUUGCAUGUAGUAAUCUAGAAAAUAAUCAAAAUUUGAAAAUCAGUUGUAUUUAAUAAGCCUCAAAUUGUGCAAACAUGAUGUAUAAUAAAGAAUUUGAACAGAUAUGGAGCUUGCUAUUUGAAUGAUUAAAAUGGCUCUAUUCUCAAA